AUGACCUUCGAACAGCAAAACGGUCAUGCGCGGAGAUCUUUCGUCAAGUCCCCUACCUCACCGCGCGCAAACGAAUAUAUCAAUGGUAGCAAUGGAGUGGCAAGAUCCCCUUCGGCACAUGUUAUCGAUGGGCCAAGGAGGAAGGGGGCGUUCGGAGAUCAAUUUAGUUCUAGCCAUGCGCUUGAGCAGAUUGCGACACCAGUCGAAAGCUUUUUGAACACAAACAUCACGCCCAGAUCAGGUUCAAGGAAGACAAGAGUUGGAAGCCAGUCGCCGACUCCCAAUGUUGUGCCAUACGGUGCGAAGAAAAAUGGGUCAUUUUCGCAUGGAGAAACCUACCAGCCCCUGGACAUCAAGGCUCAAUCUACAAAUACAUUUGCGAUCCACAGUCCUCCUCUCUCGAGAUCAGUACGAUCCAGCAGCAUCAGUAGUCAGGAAUCGACGUCUCCAUUUACCGUCCGAUCACCACCAAUUGAUCGUCAUGCCUCCGUUGUCUCGUCUCCACUGUCUGACAUAAAGCCAAAGUUCUUUCAUGCAGACGACGUUGUACCUAGCAAGUCGAGAAGCACCGUUCCAAACGGCGAUAACACUUCGCAGGCAGAAAGGCUUCGGCACUCCAGAAAUGAUAGCUUAACAAAUGGUAAUGGGUAUACGAAGAGCGGUUUCUCCACACCCGAAGAGCAGAAAUCCAAGUUUUUCUACGCCAACGACAUAGCUGAGAUGAAUCCGCCAAGUCUUAAAGCUGUCAACGACAACAGUAGGCCAAUGUUGCAUACCAUUUACAGUCAGCGUGAAGACCAAAAUGCUAGCCCCGUUAGGCCUUCGUCACCAUUGAGGGAAGAAAUUCGUUUAUCAGAUCCUUCAUUCGUCAAUUCUGAAUCUGAUCAUCAAUCAGGCUUUAGUCCGGAAAUUCAUGGCGAUUUUAGGGAGAAUCUCGACCAGGAGAUUGGCAGCAUCAACUUAUCACGACGCUCAAGUUUGAAAGCAUCAGCCGAAUCAAGGGUAGCAGGUAAUCACAAACGAACCUCAAGCGUCAAGUCUGUGCCGGCAAGCAGGAAUCGCAGGUCAAGUAUCCCAGUAAGCAUCGCAGGACUAGCCAGCUCCGAUAGCCCUUCUAGCCCUACACCGGGAGUUUUACGGGCAGAAACCGAUCAAUCUCCAAAUGUGAUCGGAGUAUCGCAAACGUACAACACACAGUCUCAACCACAAAGUCCGACCAAGCCAAAGAGUAAGCUAGACUAUAUGAAUGAACUAGCAGCUAAUGCUCGUCGUGAGCGGAAAGUGCUCGAUCUUGAGAUCAGCAACUCUUCCUUGCUAGCUAUCAAUCAGACUCUGGAGAGGGAAAUGCGAAAAAUGAAGGCCGACCUCCGACAUUAUCGUCGAGUCAGUCGCAGUGGCAAAUCGUCUCAUCCUUCUUCACGCAGGAAAACAUCAAUGGCAAUGAGCCGACCUUCUAAUUCUGAAGUAGAAGACUCUUCCAACGACUCAAUGUCAGCUUCGGAUUCGGAAGAUGAAGACGGUGAUGAGUAUUCGUUAAGUGAUCCGACCUCCAGAGGACCUAAAGAUCUGACAUCGGGCAAGCGUGCCUCUCUUGACAAAUUCAAAGAUCUUCAGAUUAAGCCAAUAGAUCUCUCUGGCCAGCGCACGUUGAUGGAAGAAAGUCGAAAAUUAAAUCACUCUAUUAGACGGUGCCUUGGCCACUCCGAGAUGCUGCUCGCUUCCGGAAGAGACGCAUUAGAAAGUCGGCGACGACCAAGCGAUCUUGAGAACCUCGGACCAAGAGUUCUUCCACCCGAUGAAGUUGAGGAUCAUAUUCUUGAUAGGCGACAAGGCUUGCUAAGUCCAACAAGGGCAGACCAUGACGCGAGGGACAAUCCUUGGGAAAGAAGCUUAGGCGGCCCAUUGGGUCUUGGUGGUAUACUUGAUUCUCCUGAUGAACCCGACCCUUUUCUGCAGCUCGAUGCCUCUCCAGCGUCAGGGCGCCAGAGUAGUGAAAAUACAUCGUCGGGAAAAGCAGAGAAUGAAGUACAAGCAGUUGAAAGUGUCCCAAUAGAGCCAGCCACAGAGAUCGACGAAGUCGACAGGGAGCCACCUGUCUCCUCUCUUGACUCGAGAGAAGCCUCAGCUGAGCUGAGCUCUUCCGAUGAGUCGGAGACACAGGUCGAUACUUCCGCGAAAGUUGCAAAAGUAUCAAGCACUCAGCAGGAAGUUGAGGCCACUUCACCAGAGUCUGAUGCUCCAGCUUCGGAGACAACCGAAGAACCGGAGUAUCUGAACAAAGCCGGUAAUCGCAGCAGCGUACAAAGCCUUACAGGCUAUCUUUCUUCUUUCAAGAUCUUUUCGGGGGGCUUAGACCACCCUAGUGGACCUUCAUCUUUGAUUAUGAAGUCUUCUACUUGA